AUUUACUUUGCGGAAAUCAACCAUCGCCAUCAAGACUCUCUCUCUCUCUCUCUCUCUCUCUCUCUUUCUUUUCUGUGUGUAAUGAGCCCCAACAAAACUCAGAACCUCCUCCAACAUCACCACUACUACAGCCAAAUCAUGGACCAGCCAGAGGAAUUACAACCUCCACCACCUCUACCAUCACAAACCCAGACACAAGAGCCCUUCUCUCUUCCUUCCAUGUCAGAAAUUGUGGUUUUCAGAGACGACGACGACGAAGAAGAAGACGAAGACAAACACGGCGACUCCCCAAGCCCUAGUUCCUCCGACGCCGAAGACACCCAUCACCUCUCCACCACUGCUUCCGCCUCGUCUGCUGCUCCUGGCACAGUCCCCCCUGGCAUACACCAGCGUGCACCGGUCUACAUCAACCCUGAACCCCAUAUCUCCUCUCAAUUCUACACCUUUAACCGCGAUUCCCAUGCUCUGAUGGUCCAGUGCAUUCUAGACCGUCGCCUUGCUACGCCUGAAGAGAUACGCCGCGCUACCCCUCGGCCUGUCCUCAGUAGCUGGCGCUCCGUCUGGAAGGACCGGAACGAGGACACCGCUUACCUCACGGCUUGGAAGCGCAUCCAAGAUAAGCUCAACGCUCACGUCGACGCUCACGGUAACGAGGUAUUGUAUUUCAAGAACAAUUCUCAGCAGUAUGUGUCUCACAUUGAUCAGUGGCAAGACAUCGUCAUGAGCUUUCACGGUGAUGCUGAUCUCAAGCACCUAGGGCUUAAGGAGACUAUUGAACGAAUCAAGCAAGUUUGGACCGUAGGAGCCAAAUUCUACGGUAUUCCUGAAUCAUUUAUUAGGGUUUGUGUUGCCUCCUGUCCUGUUUGCUCUGAUGCUUCAGGGUCCGCUACCAGGACUAAACGCCGCAGAUUUGAGUAUACGGAGUCGUUCGAUGUUCCUGCCAAGGAGGUCCCUCACCGUCUGCAGCAGCUGGCGGCAAAGCAUAAGGUUGUCCUUUGUAUUCGUCAGAAGUAUAUCAGGUACAAACCAUUCAUGGCGGAGGUUAAGGAUUAUGCUUGUCAUCGGGCUGGGGAGCCUGCGGUGAAGAAAUCAAGGAUUUUGAAGAGGGAGCCUUAUGCCUCGAAGCGGUGCGGCUGUGGGUUCCGGAUUAGGGCAAUUGUUCCAAUUGCAAACUAUAAUGAGAAGGACAAGACAUUUGUGUAUGAGGAAGAGGGGAUGGCUGUGUUCAAGCUUUACGCUGUCCAUUCUGGACAUGAACCAGGGCCGUUGGACGGAAACGCUAGGAUCAUACAUAGAGUUGUUGGGCAUAAAAGUGGAUUCUUGAUGGAUCAGGAUGCUGUUUAUGGGAUGAAUGAGGAUACCGAGACAGAUGCAUUUUCCCUUAUGGGUAAGGAUGAUGGUGAUUUUCAGCUUGCAGUUUUGCACCAGGUGCAGGAACUUAGGGCUGAAAUUGGGAUGCUUGAGGGCAGAAUCACAAAAAUGCCGCAUGAGCUGUUGGGUUCGUUGUCUAGAGAACUGUCAGAAGUUGUGAAUAGGGUUAGGAGCAUAGGGGAGGAUGCAUCUAGGCCGAUUGGAUUACUUCACGAUGAGCAGCGGGUUGAAGAUGUUCUAGUGGCAGAGAAUGAGCUGGCACAUUGGGGUGACCACCACCAUGAUCGGUUAUAUGGGGUUGGGAAGGACACUGAGCUCAUUGAGGAGGACGAUGACAGUUUUGAGCAGACACUUGGGGAUGUCGCAUCUUGGGAUCGAAUGAGGACUGAAUGUAGGAGUAGAAAAUCUCUGAUGAAUGAUAGCUGUAAAUCUGACAAAUGGUUGAAGGAUGCCUGUGGUGAUUUCGAUGAGAAGAGCAUCCUCAAUUGUGAGGAUUCGAAGUUAAUUAAGCCCAUGAGGCAUGAUGGUACAAUUGAUGCCAGUCUUGUUGGUAUACAGGACUUGGCGACGGGGGCAAUGAUUGGUAGAAUGCAUGGUAGUCUCUAUACCGGAUUGAAUUCCUCUGUGCCAUAGCAGGGCAUCUGGCGCGCAUCUAACGGUCAGAAACGCUAAGGCACAGAGUCCAAGGUGGUUUCACGUAGCCCAAGGCAUUUCUGGGCGUUGGAUUAGUGCCAAACGCCCUGUUGAGCCACAGAGGAUCCAAGUCCUUCUAUACUUGGAUACUGGUCUCUUAAGGGCUCUGUAUACUUCAUCUGAUUUGGCACUCUCCGCACUUUCGGGUUGGCAUCGUCGUCUGGGGCGCCCCCCAUAGGGUAAUUUAUCUAGAGUAUUUCCGGCAUUAGUUAGACACUAUACUAUAGAUUGGUUUAUUUGUGAUACGUGUGUUUUGGCGAAACAAACUCGAAAUAUUUAUACUCUUUCUGAUAAUAGAAGUAUUGUUCCUUUUGCUUUACUUCAUUCUGAUGUUUGGGGCCCUGCACGUUGUGUCUCCAUGCCAUAGAUGGUUUUCACUUUUAUUGAUUGCAAUACUCAUUACUUGGAUUUUUUUAUUGCAUCAUAAGAGAGGUUUUUCAAUGCUUACGGGAAUUUCAUUGCAUGUUUCGUACCUAGUUUGAUGUUAAAAUCAAGAUCCUACGUACUGAUAAUGGGAGGGAACAUAUGGAUGGUUCCUUUCAGUCCUACUUAGUUGAUUAUGGGAUCAUCCAUCAGACUAAUUGUGUGGUUACUUUGGAGCAAAUGGGGUGGCUGAACGCAAGAAUCGUCAUUUACUUGAGAUUGCUCGCUCCUUGAUGUUUGAGAUGCAGGUCCCUGCUCCCUAUUGGAGUGAGGCUAUCUUUACUGUUGCCUUUCUCAUCAAUAGGAUACCUUCAUGUGUACUUGGUUUUAAGAGCCCCAUUGAGUUGCUAUCUAGGUCUCGUACUUUUGUUGUUACUCCCAAGGUGUUUGGUUGUGUUUGCUUCGUUCGUAGUCAUCAGGUUCCAAGCAAGCUGGACCAUCGUGGAUUCCGGUGUAUUUUUGUGGCUAUUCUUCCACUCAAAAGGGAUAUCAGUGCUGUCAUCCACCUUCUCGACAACUCUUUGUGUCUAUGGAUGUGAUUUUUUCGUGAGAUUGAAGCGUACUUUCUACCUCUUUAUGGGGAGUCAUCUGAUAGUGAAGAGGUGAUUCAGAUUCUUACUUUUGAUUGUUCGUUCCUUACCAUAGAUGAUGGUGCUACUCAAAGGAAUACUGAAAAAAAGACUACUGAUUCAGAAGCUCCCAUUGAUCCAGCAGUUACUGUUCAGGGGGAGCCAUCAAUUCAGGAGCAGGAGGCUCCCAUUCAGAGGGAGCAACAAAUUCAGCACAAAAUAUAGUAUGGUCUAGUGAUACAUGUAUUCUCUCGCCAGAAAAAAAAGAGAGAGAGAGAGAAUUGACUCUACUCUAUUCCUUCCUGAUCCUGAGUCUUCUCUCCCAUGUAUAAUCUUUCCUCUUACUUUUGAUCAGUCUCUUGAUCUUAUUGCUCAUAGAAAAGGUAAUGGGACUUGUACCCAACAUUUUAUUUUCAAUGUGGUGUCAUAUAAUUCUCUUUCCCCAUCAUAUCGUGCAUUUGUAUCUUCCUUGUCCUCUGUUUCUAUUCCUAAAACUUGGCAGGAGGCAAAUGUAGAACCUAAGUGGAGAGGCAAUGAAUGAGGAGAUGAGAGCACUUCAAAAGAAUACCACAUGGGAUCUGAUUGUUCUUCCCCUGCAAAAGUGAUCAAUUGGUUGCAAAUGGGUGUUCACGGUCAAACAUAAUGCUGAUGGGACUGUGGAUAGGUGUACAAGGCAAGAUUAGUGGCAAAGGGCUUUACUCAAACUUAUGGAAUUGACUACUUGGAGACUUUUGUCCCUAUGGCAAAAAUGGAUAUAGUUUGAGUCAUCAUCUCCCGUGUAAUGAAUCGAGGAUGGGAGUUACAACAACUAGAUGCAAAAAAUGCCUUUCUUCAUGGAGAGCUGACUGAAAGAAGUGUAUAUGGAUGUUCCACCAGGAUACUCUAGUCCAGAAACAUAAGAUAAGGUGUGUAGACUGAAAAGAGCUGUGUAUGGAUUAAAACAAUUGCCCAGGGCAUGGUUUGGUCACUUUCACAAGGCCAUAAUAGCAGUUGGCUUUUCUCAGAGUAAUGCUGAUCAUACUCAUUUAUUAGAAAGGUGGCUGAUCAAAUCACGAUGCUUAUAGUAUAUGUGGAUGAUAUUGUUGUUACUAGCAAUGAUACAUAUGAAAUCUUUGAACUCAAAGCCUAUCUUGGUAAGGAGUUUGAGAUCAAGGACCUAAGAAGGCUGAAAUACUUUCUUGGUAUUCAGGUGGUACAUUCAACCAAGGGUAUUGUUUUCUCUCAAAGAAAUUAUACUUUGGACCUCCUCUUAGAGACUGGUAUGUUAGGGUGUAAACACCUGGAUACUCCUAAUGAGGUUAGCUCUCAUCUCAGAAGCAAGGAGGGUGAAACUGUUGAUAAAGGUCCGUAUCAAAGGCUAGUUGAAAGACUCAUAUAUCUAUCCUACAUAAGACAAGACAUAGCUCAUGCAAUAAGUUUGGUGAGUCAGUACAUGCAUGAUCCCUGUUCCUCACAUAUGGAUGUUGUGAACUGGAUCCUUAGGUACUUGAAGACUGCCCCAUGAAUCAGCAUUUUAUUCUCUCCUGCUAAUCAUAUGAGGAUUGAGGCAUACACUGAUGUCGAUUGGGCAGGUUCCCUACAUGAUCAUAGCUCUACUAUUGGCUACUUACUGUACAUUUGUUGAUGGUAACUUGGUUACGUGGCACAGUAAGAAGCAGUCAGUUGUGGCUCGAUCAAGUGCAGAGGCAAAAUUUCGAGCUAUGGCGCAUGGGAUUUGCGAGCUGCUUUGGUUGUAGAGUCUUCUUCAUAAUUUGGGUGUUUUCGUCCGGAUGCCAAUAUUGAUAUUUUGUGAUAAUAUGUCAGCCAUCAGCAUUGCACACAACCCUAUUCAGCACAAUCAUACAAAGCAUGUCAAGAUCGAUAGGAAUUUCAUCGCGGAGAAUUUAGAGUUAGGACUUAUCUAUAUUCCUUUUGUGCGGAGUGAAGAUCAGUUUGCAGAUGUUCUCACAAUGGGACUUAGUAAUAAAUCUUUUUAUUUUAUUUUGUCCAAGUUGGGUAUGUGUGAGAUCCAUAGACCAACUUGAGGAGGGGAGUGUUGAAUAAUGCAUUGCUGUAAUAAUGGAUUUUAGGGGUUAUAUCCAAACGGACCCUUAAGCCCUUAGGGACUACUUAUUUUGCUAUAAAUAGAGGAUUGUGCUCAUUAUUGCUCCAGUCCAUAUUUCCCCAAUUCUUCAAUACUGUAUAAUACUCUUUGUUUAUAGAAUUGACUACUGUAUUUACACUGUUUCAUAAAUGUUCAGGUUCAUGGAUCCUGAUAUUUAGAUUUUCUGAAACCGAUGUUGUGCAUUGAUGUUGUUACAAUAUCAGAACUAGGUGAAACCAGUACCUGUGCAGAGAAAUAUGGAAGAGAAGAAGAAUAGGAAGGAGGAGGAGGGAAACAGGACUCAUGGUUAGACAAGUUAUAGGACAACCCAUAAUAACCACCAAGGACAGAACUUAUUCAUUAUUAUGUACAACUCCCUGACAGAAACAAAACAUUUAUAAUAUAACCCCCUGCACUACUACUAGACAUAAUAUUCUUAACACUCCUCCCUCGUGCUGGAGCAUGCAUCAUAAGCUCCAGCUUAAAACAACCAGAACAUAAUAACCAGCAUAAGCUCCAGCUUGAAAACAAUAUAUUAAAAGUAGGGGCCAGUGGCCAGCAACCACACCCAGUGACCUAGAGAUGCAGCAAACAAAAAACGGCAGAAAGGAAAAUCUUCUAGGUGCAGCACAAACUGACCAAACCAGCAUAUGUCUGAUCAGAAAUACCAACCGUCAUAAGCAGCAACAAAGAGAAAUCUUUGUUAAGAGAAACUUGGACAAUAACAAACAUUUUAAGCGGCUUUGUCAGCCGCAGGCAAGAAAACAGCAGGCAACAACAGCAGUACAAGCCGAGAAAAUAGCGGCUGUAGAUAAGAGAUCUUCAAUGAGAAAAAAUCCAGGAAAAUAAGAGAUCUUCAAUAAGAAGAAACCCGCAAUCACAGGUCUUCAAUGAGAAGAUUAAAAGAAAUCUUCAAUAAGAAAAAAAGCAAAUAAUCUCUUCUUCUUUUCUUUUAUUUUCUUUUCUUCUCUUUUUUCUUUCUUUCUUUCUUUUUUGUGAAUAAUAAAUUCAUUACCAAGAAGAAAGAACUGGAAGGGGAAUAUACAAGGGCCUUGAGGGGGAAAAAGAGAAAAAAAAGUCAAGCAAAGGCAUAGCAGGGCAGCAAACCCACUUCGGGGGGGGGGGGGACCCUAGGACCCAAAAGCGAGCUAUUCCUUAGGGAAUCCCUUAUAGGGCGGUGGGAGAGCAUAAUGAGCUUAGAACUAACAUCAAAGUAGAAGUCAUUCCAAAUUUUUUCGAAAGAGUGGGAGUUGGAGGUCCAUCUUCGAAGAUUCCGUUCCAUCCAGAUGUGGUUAAUAGCACGCAAAAGGCAAGCUUUCCGGUGGUGUCACAGAUAAAAAGUCCUUGCACAAGUUAUAUCAACUCAAAUCCACUCCCUAUGAAGGGGCAGGAUUACCAGGCCAACAACUACUAAAGACUCUUUUCCACACUAUGGAAGAGAAGGGGCAACUGGAAAUAAAA